AUGGAUUCAAGAGACAUACAAGUGUUGCAUUUAAGAAGUCUAAGCGUCCAACCCGUUUUAUUGAGAGCUAUAUUUCCUAGUACUCGUGCAGGAGAAAUCUUGGAAAAAGCUAAAAAUCAUAUUCAUCGGACAUAUGACAUAUCUUUGCAAGUAUAUGCUGUUGAAGAUGCGACAUGGGGAAGAUUUGCAUGUACAAGCGGUGAACCAAACAAGCUUGCAAAAGCUUGGUACGAAUGUGCUAUCAGACUAUCUGAAGGCUAUUUUAACUUUUAUGAACAAGCUCGAUUUGGUAUAAACUUUGUAUUGCCCAGUCAUUUUGUUGACUUGCUGCUUUUCGACGGUGAUCUGAUGCGUAUAGCCCACCGUUCCAGAACCAGAAUUCUUGUCAAGCAUGAAUGUUUGAUGAGAUCCACUGAACGUGUUGUUCAAAUCAAUGCAGGCAUCGUCGGAGAUGAAUCGUUGAAGUGCUUUGAAGAAGCGGUUUACUUGUUGGCCAUUACGAUUCAAGAUAAAUCUGGCUUGGCUCUUUCUGCAGGUGAUUCAUUUUAUCAAGAACGCGCAACGGAUAAUAUUGUCCGCUAUUUAAUCCAUUCGAAUGAAAGAAACGUCGUUUUUGAUUAUACUUCUCAGAGGGAAAUAGAUGAAGAAGAACCGGUCAUACAUCCAGUUUGA